AUGACGAUAGUAAGGCAAAAAACAACAAUACUANAUGAUAAUUGUUAUGAAAAUAAUAAUGAUAAUGAGGAUAACGUUGACAAUGUCUGUGGAGAUUGCUACAAAGACGAGAGUAAUGACUUUGUCGACGACGACAAUGACGAUUAUGAAAAAGAUUAUGAUGAAAAUUUCCUCAAUGCUGGUUAUCAUAAUUACAAAAAUAUUAGUUACAUUGAGAAUGAGGAUAAUCAUACGUACAACAACGACGACGAUAAAGACAACGAUGACGAGGUUAACUACAAUAUUGAUGACUACGACGACGAAGAUGACAAUGAUAAUAGUAAUGGUGUUACUGAAGAUGAGAAUGAUAGUGGUUAUAAUGACGAUAAUCAUAAUGAUAUGAAUUAA